AUGAGCUCGCAUUCCGGUCAGCAGGCUCAAGUGGAUAUAUCCGUAACGUUACAACGCGACUCACAGACGUUUCACGAGCUACAAUCAUCACUAUUAGCUCACAAUUGCAAUACAAACAAUAGCGUUACAUUUAUUUGCGAGCUGCAAUGGGUCCCGCGUGUUGCUGUACGUGCUGCUGUUGCUGUGACACUGGAACUGCUUCCGUCGUCAAAGUCCGAAUUAUUACAUGAUGCAGAAAUUCGCUCUCUACUUCAGCAAACGAUACAGCGUCACUUUAUUCUAUGUGCAGACGCGAUAGUUAAACUUCCGACAUUUAUAGGCCUUAAAGCGAAGAGCAGAGGUGAACUGAGUGACGAGCAGGAACAAGUGAUGACUUUCAGGGUUGUGUCGACGUAUCCUACUGCACCUUUUGUAAGUAUUACACCCAGUACUCGUGUAACAUUGACCGAGUCAAUUAAUACUCGAGAAGUAGACAGUAUUGAUAUAGACGUUAGCAAGAAAACAAUUUCCAAUUCAUACGAGAAUACGGAAGUGAAGAUAGGAGGGAUGGAAAACGAACGAACAGCUUUGCGUGAAUUGAUUCUUUUACCUGUCAUGUACCCGCGUCUUCGCUCGGAUUUUGGUGUAGAGUUUCCAAAAGGGGUGUUAUUAUGUGGCCCUCCUGGUGUGGGAAAGACUUUGUUAGUGCGUUCGGUUGUUCACGAAUGCCGUCAGAUAAAGGACGCAUCCGGCGCAACGCUGGAUUUAAACUUGCAAGUGAUUAAUGGAUCUGAAAUAAUGACUAGUGGUCGUGGCGAUGCUGAACACGCUUUGCGUGCUACAUUUGAGACGGCUUUAAUUCAUGCUUCCAGUGCUCAGCAUGCUGCGAGUGUCAUAUUUAUCGAUGAGUUGGAUGCUCUCUGUCCAAAACGAGAAGGUGCCGGCGGUGCCUCAGCUUCUCACAGUCGUAUUGUGGCUCAAUUACUGACGCUUCUAGACGGUGUAGAGAGCGGUCUUUCGCGUGAAAAUGUGGUUAUUGCUGCUGCAACAAACCUUCCGAACUCGAUCGAUACAGCCUUACGUCGUCCUGGACGAUUUGAUCGAGAAAUAUUUGUUGGACCGCCGAAUACAGCUUUACGCAGGAAAAUCUUUCAAACGCAUUUGUACCAAACACCUAUCGCUUUAAACAAUAGCACCAACGAAGAACAGGAAAAACAUCGAGAUGAAUUUCUAGAUAUAUUAGCUGCCAAAGCCCUCGGGUACGUGGGUGCUGAUAUCGCAGCUUUGUGUCGUGAGGCUACAAUGGUCGCUUCUACUCUACAACUUGUGGCUCUUUCUCGAGAUCGUGAUUUGGAGGAAUGGUGGAUGGAUUGGAAGUCUCGAGUUGAGCCUCUUCGUGAUUUACGAUCAACACCGGCAAAACUUGGCCCUGUUGUCGCAGGUCGAGCUUGGCAUAAUAAUCCAAUGGCUAUCAUUCCGCUUUGGUUUCUCAUUAAGAAAAGUAGUCAACAAAGCUCGGAUGAGGGAAUUGAAAAGUACAAACAACAGUCCCAUUCAGACUUUUUUAGCUUUUUAUUAGGGCGCACUGAAAAAUAUGGGCCUUGCAAUGAGAAAGAACCAUCAAAAACUUUUCAAGUGACCAUGGCCGACUUUGAUCAAGCUAUGCAAACCAUCGUACCAUCGGCUCUUCGAAGUGCCAGCGGCUAUACCAAAGACUUUGAACGCCAAGGCUGGGAUAGUAUAGGCGGUCAGGCCGAAACAAAGCUUGCUCUGCAGCAGGCUCUUGAGUGGCCCGUAAAGUAUCCACAGACAUUUUCUCGGCUUGGUGUCAAGGCUCCCCGUGGUGUGUUACUUUAUGGUCCACCUGGAUGCAGUAAAAGUUCGAUUGUUCGAGCAGCAGCUCAUUCAAGUGGAGUCACAUUUUUGUCGCUUUCAGCAGCUCAAGUAUUUUCACCAUAUUUUGGUGAUGCAGAAGCUGCUGUACGUCAGGUUUUUCGAGAUGCACGAGCUGCUCUUCCUGCCAUUGUCUUUUUUGACGAAAUCGACGUCAUAGUUUCUAAGCGAGAAUUUGAUGGAUCUGGAGAGGGUGGAACUUCAACUGCAAUACGCGUGCUAUCUACAAUGCUAAAUGAAAUGGAUGGUGUCGAGUCUGCUGAUGGACUUUUGGUUAUUGGUGCAACAAAUCGUCCAGACUGCAUCGAUGCAGCACUCUUGCGACCAGGACGAUUCGACCGUAUUUUAUUUGUAGACCUUCCAAGUGAAAUUGAUCGUGCAGAGAUUCUCCGAAUUCACUCGCGUCCAAUGCCAUUGAGCACUGAUAUUGAUUUUAGUGAUCUAGCCCGUCGUACGCCAUAUUUUAGCGGCGCUGAACUCGAGAACCUAUGCCGUGAAGCUGCUUUACUCGCUCUUCGCGAGUCUCUAGAAGCUGAGAGAGUGACAUCGCGCCAUUUUGAAGAAGCUCUCGCAGGUAUCACACCUAUAUCAUCCAAAGAGUCGAUGACCGACUACUUUACGUUUGCAGAAAGGUUAGGCCAACUGUCGUAA